UCAGAUGCAGACACGUGUCCACUGAAGAACAGAAAAAAUACAACCAGUCAGAAAUAGACCUGAGGGUAAGUAGACCUGAUCCAGAAUGUGACCCCAUCAGACUGUAAACCAUUUAGAACCCCCCCAGGCUCUGUCCCGGGUCAAGUCUCAGUUACCAGGUAGCAAGAGGACUUCUGUAGACCUCUACAGUUUGUUUGUGUGUUUGUCCAGCUGAUGUUGUGGCUUGUUGUCCUCGUAGUUUCCAAGGUGAAGGUGAAACCAGGCACCAAGUCUGUCAAGCUUCCUUUCAAAACCAAAGUCCAGCAGCUUGACAACAUCACAGUGGAGUGGAACCGCUCUGACCCAGAACUCAUGAAGGUCCAUGUUUAUCAGAGCGACGGUGUCGAACAAGAUGACUUUUACCGGGGCCGCACAAGUAUGAAGGAAGAGCCACUGAAAACAGGAGACCUCAGUCUGACGCUGACGGACCCCUGCUACAGAGACAGUGGCACCUACAUCUGCACCGUCCACAGGGACGGAGAAAUCUUGGCACAGAAAGUAGUACGACUCCAGGUCAAAGUCCCCCCGGAGGUGGUGGAGUACGGGGAGUGGGAUGAAUAUUUCACACUACCCUUCAAAGUUCAAGAUGAGCUUCCUGAAGACGCAACAGUGGAGUGGAAACGCACAGAACCCGAAAUAAUGACGGUGCAUGUGUAUCAGGAAGGCAAAGAACAGCCAGACAAACAAGAUGAGUAUUUCCGUGGUCGCACAAAGAUGGACGAUGACCCACUGAAAUCCAAAGACCUCAGUGUGAAAAUUAGUAACCCUGGAUACAGCGACAGAGGGACCUACGUCUGCACCGUCCACAGGGAUGGGGUCAUCCUGAUACAGAAAAAAGUGCUGUGCCGGGUCAAAGCCCCCUCGGAGGUGGUGGAGGUCUAUGAGUGGGAUGAAUAUCUCACACUACCCUUCAAAGUUCAAAAUCAGCUUCCUGAAGACGCAACAGUGCAGUGGAAACGCACAAAACCCAUAAAAAUGAUGGUGCAUGUGUAUCAGGGAGGCGAACAUCAGCCAGACAAACAAGCAGGGUAUUUCCGUGAUCGCACAUGGAUGGCUCGUGACCCACUGAAAUCCAAAGACCUCAGUGUGAAAAUUAAAUACCCUGGAUACAGCGACAGAGGGAUCUACGUCUGCACCGUCUACAGGGAUGGGAUCAUCCUGAUGCAGAAAGAAGUGCUGUGCCGGGUCAAAGGAACAGACGGCGGCGUGAACAUGCGUUUGAUGACCUGCGUCACUGAUCAGCACUGAUGUGUCGGUCGCCAACGAGCCGCUUCAAAGAGCCGGCUCCUUUAAGUGACGAUGGGAGCCGGCUCCGUCCGUCCGCGAGCUUCUUUUCUUUCUUUUUUACUUUUCUCUUUAGGUAAACUACCUGCAGGCGCUGCAGGUGUUGGCUGCAGGUGUCACGUGCACGCUGUGCAACCAAUCAUGUGAGCAUUGACAAGGAUCAUACCACCAAGCAGGGAGGGGCGGGGCGCUGAGACGGUGACAGGAGACAAGAGGAGUGAAGACGAGAGAGUGUGGUGCAA